AUUUCUUCACUGCAAUUAAUUUAUUUAGCUUUAGAUCGUCAAUUGAAGAUCAAUUUCUUCCAAUCUUCAUUUCCCCUAAAAAUUUCCCCAAUUUUCUUUUUGUUCCUCUCUGAAAUAAAAAAUGGUGGUAGCAUUAGGUCCAGGAAAGUUCUAUGGAAGCAGCUUACCAAGACCAAGAAUGAUGUUGAUGAAUAGAUCAGCAGCAGAAGAAGAUAUCUACACCAAGGCUAGAGUAGAUCCACCAUUAGGAGUAAUGGAUCCAUUAUUAUCCUGGGCUCAUGAAGCACACUGGUCUAUGGGUGGUCUUAGUUUCAAUCGUCUGAAACUUCAAGGAAAGAUUGAAGGAAAUGUCAAGAAACUCAGAUCUCAACAAAAGAAGAAACUCUUGGCGAUUAAGAAAAGUCUCGAAAACUCUGAUUCUAAGAAGACUACUCCAGUUCGCGUCUCUGAUCUACAUCACUCAUCAUCUCCCUCAUCUGCUUCCCCUUCCCCUUCACCACCACCUGCUCCUGCUGCAACAAAGCGUCGUCGAAGACUUGCUCUUCUUCUCGAUGAUGAUGAAGAAUAUGAUGUGAAUCACGUCAACAAAUCAUCAGAUCCAGUUGAUGUUUCUGAAAUCAACAGAUCAAGUACUCGCCGUCUUUUUGGAGGUGAAAGCAAGCCGAAGAGAGCUAGAAAGCUUGUAGAUGAUUUUGAUAGGGUUGCUUCUUCCGAAUCUGAAUCAUCACCAAAUCCGAUCCAAUCAUCACCAAGUCCUGAUCGAUCAUCACCAAAUACUAAGAAGAAUCAGAGUAUUACUAAAGGAGGUCGUACUAUAUCUUCCCGCACGCGAAAUGCUCGUCAAAUUUCCCCUGGGAAAGAAGCAGUAGAAGAAGAGACUACUCCAGCCAUUGUUGCUAGUCCCAGUAAAAAGGUCCAAGACUUGUCAAAGAAGCGGGUAUUGAGAUCGAAAUCCAAAGCAAAUGAUGUUCCCAGUGAUGCCAGUAAGAAGAACAGUAAAAACAAGUCCAUGGUCACUCCAUCUCCUCCAGCCAAAAAAGUCAGAACUUCUUCUAGGUUGAGAUCUUCACCUGCUAUUUAAUUAAUCAAUCAAUCCCUUGGGUAUAGCUAUCUUUUCAUGUUUUCUUAUUUAGGUUUUCUUUUAAAUUAUUACUACAAUGCUCGUGCUUAGGUUAUCAAUGACAAGUAAUACAAAUUGUUGGUCUUUCUUUAAGCGAUUUAUGUCUUAAUCUGUUGUUGAUGCUUAUGUGAUGUCCCUCUUAUAGUUGCUUUCGAAAUAAAUCAUCAGUCAAAUGGUUUGCUUCA